AUGGCCGUUGUGAACUUCACUCUGAGCGAGGAAGGGGUAGUGGCACUGCAGAAUGUCCUUGCCUGCAUGCUCAAAUUCAGCGACGACGUCUGCCUUGAGGCGAAGAAGGACAAGUUGAUGUUCACGGCUCUCAACUCAUCUAAAUCUGCCUACGUCUCCUUCACCUUCGCAGCCAGCCGUUUCUUUUCCAAGUACAAUUUUGAAGGCAACGCUCAAUACCGCGAGAGGUUCUUCUGUAGUAUAUACAUCCGGGCACUGCUCUCGGUCUUCCGGAGCCGGAUAGGUGGUGACCCGUCUCGGGAGCGCGAGAAAGAGACCACCAUUGAGAGAUGCGAGGUCACAAUCGAUGACGGACCGGGUCGAAAGAGCCGACUGGUCGCCAAAAUUAUUUGCAGAAAUGGCAUCACUGCCACUCACGGGCUACCUUUUGAGGUGAAAGCGCCCACCAGGGCCAAGUUCGACCCUAACGAGGCUGUGAACCAUUGGGCAAUCUCGUCGCGAACCCUUCGACAGCUCAUGGAGCACUUCGGACCCAAGAUCGAGCUGCUAGACAUCAACACCGAUGGCGAGGGCGUUGUCAACUUUGCCUGCUUUACCGAGAAGCAGUAUGUCAAGACUGAAGGCGAGUCAAUUGAUCACUUCCUAAAUAAGCCCCUGCACACGUCCAUUGCGGUGGAGAUGGACGAAUUCGAUGAUAUCGAGGUCGAGGACAAACUCCAUAUCAUCAUUAGUGUCAAGGACUUCAGGGCAAUCCUGCACCACGCGGGUCUAACUAGUGGUGAACUAUCUGCAUCCUACUCAGUUCCUGGCCGGCCUUUCAAGCUCUCUUACUCAGGCGACGGCAUACUCUGUGAGUUCAUUCUCAUGACAGUAGGCGAGCGAGGCAAUCCGGGCCAACGGACAAAACGAAGCCGAACAAAAUCAGCAAGGUCAAUGCUCGAAGCUGCGUCCACACGUAGUGCCUCUGUUGUCAACGAGGCUACCCCCGCGCCUCCAGCAGCGGUCGUCCCGACCCAGCCUCCAGCAGAUGUCGCUGCGAGACCUAUUCCACCUCGGAACUCCCAAUUCGACAUGCGUCCUCCACCACUGCCGCCUGUGUCCACGCUCAGAUCCGAGUCCAUGUUCAUGCCCCAAGAUGACGACCAGCAGUGGGAACCUGUGAACCCAGACGACGAAGAGGAAGAAGAAGUCGCCCGGCUUGAAUGGGACACAAGCAAUGAACCGGAUCCAUCUGCUAUGCGACUGAGCAGCCACUUCAACACACAAAAUGCUCAACAGACCGAGCCACCGCCGUCUUUGCCCGCAGGGUUGGAGCCGACUCAGCGACUCUCAGAGGUCCGAAAGUACGGCCUAUUCUCAGGAUGA